AUGGAUCAAAUUAAACGAAAAUUAACUUUUAAUCAAUUAUCAAAAGAAGAAACAAAAAAAUUACGAAAUGAAUUUAAUCGAUCAAUAACUUGCAUUGAAAAUUUAUCUAAUGAAUUUUUCUAUGAAAUAUUUGAUUAUCUCGAUGGUUAUGAUAUAUAUAAAGCAUUUUCAUAUCUUAAUCAACGUUUUCAAAAACUUCUCAAUUCUUCAUCACUUUUAUUUAAAAUUACACUUGAUGAUUCAAUAUAUAAUGAAUCAUAUAUAAGUAGUUAUAAACAAUAUCUUCAUCUUAAUCGACAUAAAAUAUUUUCUAUUGAUUUAUGUUCAAUAAUAAAAAAUAAUUCUAUCUCAUGGCUUACCUUUGAUUCAUCAUUAAUGUGUCUCGAAUCACUUUCUAUUAGACAAAAACUAGAUAAUUUGAUCUCAAUUCUUCUUAAUUUAGCUUAUCUACCUCGUCUUUUCUAUUUAACUAUAGACAUAUCAAAUAAUUCUAAAAAUAUCAAUGAUAUUUAUCAAUUGAUAUUUACCUUACCAAUAUUAAAAUCACUCAUAAUCAGAUCAGGUCAUUAUAUCAAAAUUUCACUACCAAUGGUUACCAAUCAACAAUUGAGUACUAUUGAAUAUCUUUCUAUUGAUCAUUCUUGGACUUACAAUGAACUUUUUUCUAUUAUGUCUUAUACACCUCAACUUCGUCGUCUACAACUUUGUAAUGCAUAUGAUUUUCAUAGAAAUAUUCAAACUAUAUUACCAAACAAAUUAUUAAAAUUAAAAGAUAUUUCGAUACCUACGAAUAGUUUAAAAUUUCAUGAAUUUGAAAUAUAUAUUAGAAAAAUAGAUGCUAAAUUAAAAGUGUUACGUGUUACUGUUCAAUCUCAAGAUAUAACUUUUCUUAAUGCUUAUCGAUGGGAAAAAUUAAUUUUAGAAUCCUUUUCUCAAUUGGAACAAUUCUAUUUACGAUAUAUUGAAUGGUUUGAUAAAAAAUAUCAAUAUCCCGGAGGACCAAAUCAAUUCAUUUCAUCAUUUUGGAUUGAAAAAAAAUGGAUAUUUGAAAUUGAAAUCAAUCAUGAAUCUAUUGAUUACUCAAUUCGGCCCUACAGAAAAAGAUGGUAUGAAGAUACACAAGAUAAGAAUUUUAAUUCUUCUGUUGAAUAUUCGAAAUCUGCUCGAUUAAUCAUCACAUUUAUUGAUAACCACGAUUUUGAAGAAACUACGAUAAUGAGUAUAACAUACAUUUUGACUGUAGCACAAAUUUAUCAUUUGGAGAUUUCAGAAGAAAAUGUUCAUGUUGGUGUAUUAAUUGGAGUUGUAAGUUUAUUAUCAGAACUUACUACAUUAAAAAUUCAUUCUUUAUCAUUACAUGUACCAAGAAUGUUAAAUUCUGAAGAAAUUCAUACAUUGUCUUCAAUAGAAGAUACUAGUAAAGUUACAAAAGUAUAUCUUGAAAUAAUGUAUAAUAUUGAAGAUUUUUAUUUUCUUUUGGAAUUAUGUCCUUAUAUGGAAUAUUGCAAAGUGAAUUCUAUAAAACGUAUCGAUUACAGAUUUGUUCUACGAUAUAUUUUCAAAAAAAUUAAAGAUGAUUGUAAUGAUCAUCUUCGUUUAUUGUGUUUUCGUAUUCCAACAGCAGAUGAUGAAAUGAUUAAAAAAUUAAAAAGAAUGAUUAAUUUUGAAAAACUUUUAUUCAAUUAUACCAUUAAACGUGUAGCUGAUUAUCUAUAUUUUCAAUGGUAA